AGGAGCGGCCGUUGCUCUCUCUCUCGCGCGCGCUUGAUUUGAACGUGAGGCGACAGUUGGCCAUCGAGGGGGCGGCUGAGGCGCCGCGUUGCUCGAGGCCCUUGGUCGGCGGCUGAGGGCCUGGCUCCGGCCCCUUCCUCCGAGAUGGUCGGAGAGGUCGUGCUCAACGUUUCUCGCCCGUCGGGUUCUUCCCGGCUCUUCCUCGGCUCAAAGGCAGAAGGGUAGAGGCGAGGGCGGCCUUCGCCUCCUCCGCCUUCCUGAGGUGACACAGCAGUCGUGGGAGCCGCUUCGUACAUCGCAGUGGCGCCUCCAAGCGGUGCCCCCAGCUUCCCCUCGUUUCCUUCGCCGCUGGGCAAGGGAAAGGUUGGCCGUUUCCAACGCCUCCUGGAAACGGUGAGCUUUGGGCGUCAAAUUUACGAAUUCAUAAUCCGGAUAUGCGCAUCAAGUUACCGACGUGUUAACACGUUGCAUUCCGUUUACCAUUUUUUAAAAAAAAAAUUAAGGGUCAAUGUAAGUUCGAGCAGAUUCUAAAACUGCCCUGAGAAGCAGGGAUGUAAACCUAAACAAACAGUUCCUUCCAUAGAAAAAGCUCCUAAUAGCAGAGCCAGUGCAGAUGCAAUGCAAGGAAUUGUGAUCGGAUCUCCCCUCCUUGCUCAUAAAGUAGCCACAGAGCGAUGUCAGGAUGUCUUCAUUUUGAUUAUAUAUAUAUAUAUAUAUAUAUAUAUAUAUAUAUAUAUAUAUGUUUUUAAGGUUGGUCUCUUCUGUGAACCGCCCUGAGACCUCCGCGUAUAGGGCGGUAUAUCAAUUCAAUAAAUAAUAACAAUUGCACUUUGGCCAAUUCUGGUUGUGCAACAGCAGCUGUUUGCACAGCUCUUACACAACAAACCUGCUUCCCCCCCAAAGGUCAGACUUUCGCACUAUCAUGCCUUGGAAGUGUGGAAUGACGCAACAUUUUAUAUUCCUCCUGCAAACAAAUUGGGAUGCAUGUUUGAGGGGGAAGGGACGACCUUGGUGAUCUGGAAAUUGCCCAAGACACAGGACGCUAAGUAUAAAAGGGAGGUCCAGUCUUUGGGAGAAGAGGCAUAAACCUAGUGCUUUUCCUGUAAAAUUUUAUGCCUAACAACUCAGUCACUGGUGCUCUUCCCUGUUUUGCAAAACCUGUGGCAAUCACAGAUCAGGCUUAAACUUGAAGCUGAUACAUAGGUGCUUGUGGGCACUUUCCUCCUAAGGCAAAUGGCCUUAGUCCAACAAAGUUGAUGUUGAAAAAUCGUUGUUUCAACACUGGUGAUCUUUGCUUCUAACAGCUGUAUUGGCAGUAGAGGGUUUCACAGACUUAAUAAUAACAGCUUUGAAAGGGAUUUUGAAUUGGUUCCACUGGCUUCCUUAUUUUAUUUAUUUAAAAAAUUAAAUUUCUAUACCACCUUUCAUGCCAAGGAUCACAGGGCAGUUUACAAUAUAAAGACACAAAAAUACAACAACAAAAAUCUCCACACAGUUUAAAUUUUUUAAAAUAAAUUUUAUUAGAGUUUAUAAAGAGAGAUACAGAACUUAAUACCAAAUAUCUUUUUUUAUCCGACGCUAGUCUAAAUAAUGUAUCCUUGCGAGAUGCCUGUGCCACAAGAUGAACAUACUAGGAUGAAUAAAGAACCAUUGGUUUAUUCCAUGAAAUAAAAGAGGAAGAGUAUAAAGGGGCUGAUUCAGGCAGCAACAUUACAGAUGUGCAAGCAGCUGUGAGAAUUUGCCAUAGUACCAAAGGUAAGGUGGUGGUUGGUAGAACUGAUCCAGAAGCAAGCAGAGUGCAAAGUCAGGGAUAGUGUUACUGUAUAAGAAUUCUAAGGUUUCAAAUACAGAAUAAAUAUUCAUAAAUGCUCAUAUACCUAAACAUAUAAACCAUGUGUCUGAAGUGUGCAGGAGAGCAAUCCUGAAGCCAUUUUGACUCUCCCAGUGACCUCAAAUAUUCCUCUGCUGUUUGAGAUUGCUUUUAAUAUAAAAUAUGCCCCUCGGUGAAUCAUGUCAACUGCGCAGAUGUAGUAGUAAACUAAAAAGUUCAGAUUGGGGCAACUAUGCAUGUAUCCUGCACUGCAAGCCCCUAAGCGCCAUGCCACACACUGCAACCCCAUACACCCCACAUUGACCCCCACAAAAAAACUCGAACUGCUCUGGCACUGAUGGCCCCUUCACACAGAAAAUCCCCACACAUCCUGCUCAGGGCUGGAUUUAGGUUUGAAGAGGCCCUAAACUAUUAAAGGUAAUGGGGCCCUUUAUAUGUCCACCUGUCCUUUGUCAACAACAAAUUGUCACUGUUUUUGUGUUUUGAAUAUAUGCUAUAUAUUAUAGACCUAAUAGGUAUCCAAAGCCAUUUGCACAUAACAAAAUAUGUAUUUUAUCAAAGUAAUGGUUGAACUGAUAUGCAAUUAACAAGUACAUUAAUAGUGAAAUAAUUAUUAACCUCUAACUUUAAAUUAUUUUUUAUUCAUAACAAACUUAAUAAUGCAAACACAUUGGCAUUUGGCAAUAACAAAAGUUCCUUUAGAAGCACAAUUUACAAAGACUCAUAAUCUAGUCUCUAGAAACUUGCUAUAACAAGAAAUAAUAUAUGAUGCAAACUACUAAUUAUAAAUAGCAGAUUGUAGGCACCCUAUAUAUAGAAACGAGCAAACCAGUGAUAUUUUAGGUAACAGGCGGGGCCCAUUAUUUUCAUCACAGGUGCCUACACAACACAAAACACUGUUGCUUUAUGUAGGUUUUAUUUUUUUUGUUUUUUUAUCUUGCGUUUUGGAAAUGUGCAUCCAGGUUUUUUUCCUUUAAAAUUUUUUUGGGGGGCCCAAGAGAGUAGGGUCCUAAGCUAUAGCUUGUUUAGCUUACACAUAAUUCCAGCACAGGAACGCAGGUGGCGCUGUGGGUUAAACCACAGAGCCUAGGACUUGCUGAUCAGAAGGUCGCGGUUCGAAUCCCCGCCACGGGGUGAGCUCCCGUUGCUCGGUCCCUGCUCCUGCCAACCUAGCAGUUCGAAAGCACAUCAAAGUGCAAGUAGAUAAAUAGGUACCACUCCGGCGGGAAGGUGAACGGCAUUUCCGUGCGCUGCUCUGGUUCGCCAGAAGCGGCUUAGUCAUGCUGGCCACAUGACCUGGAAGCUGUCUGUGGACAAAUGCUGGCUCCCUUGGCCAGUAAAGCGAGAUGAGCGCCGCAUCCCCAGAGUUGGUCACGACUGGACCUAAUGGUCAGGGGUCCCUUUACCUUAAAUCCAGCACUGAUCCUGCUACAGGGCUCAGUUGUUCUGAAAAGAUUGCCAUAUGCCUAUAUUCUCAUCUUCUGCACUGGCUAGGGAGAUGUAUAAUUAAUCUAAAGUAGGUAAUAAAAACCAUCAGGUGCCCAUGUCUCUCCUGACACAGAGAGACCAAAAGAACAGCUAGAGCAAAUAAAAGUAAAGCAUUUGCAGGGCAGGACCAUGCUGCUCAAGUCUGCAGCUGCUUGAGACAAAAAAAACCCACAAGGGAAGCAAAUAUACCACUGAAGACUAGUUUCAAAUCCUUCCAUCCCAACAUUUUUCAGCGCAGUUUUGGUGUGAAAGAGUUCUGCCAUGGGAAAAAGGUUUCCCCUUAUAUUUAGGAAAAGCUUGUAACAAAUUUAAACCAACAUUCACUUUGGGUUACUACAGGACCGCGGAGUACACUGCUGCAAUAAAGUGUAAGAAUACCCCCUAAAUGAGAUUAUUUCCCUCUUAAAGACAGCAAAUACAGUUUUUAAGUUCCUCUGACGGGCAAGAUUACAAGUGCAUGCACAAACAAUGUUAUUGGUGAGUUUGUGUGUGUGUGGAGUUUAUUAACAAUAUUUCUUUCCACCCUUUGAGAUCUUUGAGGACUGGAAGCAACAGAUAAUAACAAGCCCCACCAUCGAGACUCUGCGACUGAGUUUCUCUUCUCCUCUGGCUUUGCUGUUUUCUGCCCUCCUGCUAACAUGGAAGCAACAUGCCUAGUUGUCUUGCUCAGGUUAUGCGUCCAGAUAUUAGCCUUCCCUGCUUACUUGCUGUGGUAUCUGGGUAUCUGGGAACCCCUUUGCAAGAAGUUAUUCCCCUACUUCAUGUCUGUGAUGACAAUCAGUUAUAAUAAGCAGAUGUCCGACAAGAAAAGGGAAAUGUUCAGCAACCUGAAGGACUUUGCCAGCCCCACGGGGGCCCUCACACUGCUGGAGAUUGGCACAGGAACUGGCUCCAACUUUCAGUUCUACCCUGCGGGAUGCAAAAUCAUAUGCACUGAUCCGAACUCCAACUUCCAGAAGUUUCUCAACAAGAGCCUGGCUGAAAAUCCACACGUGCAGGUGGAACGCUGUUUGGUGGCUCCGGCUGAGGACCUGCACCAGGUACCAGCUGCAUCGGUGGAUGUGGUGGUUUCAACGCUGGUGCUAUGCUCUGUGAAGAGCCCAGAGCAAGUUGUGAAAGAAGUCCUGCGGGUGCUGAGACCGGUAAGUAGCUCACGCCGUGGGAAGAACAAGCACAAUUCAGUAACUGCAGGGGCAUGCUGUAUUCUCAGGUGUUAGUCAAUUCUAUAUCCAUUAGGGAAUCACAAAUGCAGGUAGAUGGAUUCGGAUCCCUUGUUUCUGCAUAAACCAAUUUGCUUCUGAGCUAUUUACAUUCUCAUAAGUUGCAAACGUUGGGAUCACUUCCUUGCUUUUCUCCCUAACUACAGUUAGGAAGAAACAAUCCCACACUCUGUGUUACUGAGAGCACCUUACACAGAUCUAGACAUGCCUCUUAUUAUUUUGUCCGUUGUUGUUGCGCACUUGUGAAAGACCAAACAAAUUUUUAAACAUGCUUGUCUCUGAUGUUGAAACUAAUAAGAGGGUUGGGCAGGAACGCCCAGUAUACCUGAAGCAGCCUCUCCACUCCCGUCGUUCAGCCCGGACACUGAGAUCCAGCUCCGAGGGCCUUCUGGCGGUUCCCUCACUGUGAGCAGUGAAGGGAACCAGACAGAGGGCUUUCUCGGUAGUGGCACCCACCCUGUGGAAUGCCCUGCCAUCAGAUGUCAAGGAAAUAAACUUUUAGAAGACAUCUGAAGGCAGCCCUGUUUAGGGACGUUUUUAAUGUUUGAUCUUUUAUUGUGUUUUUAAUAUUCUGUAGGGAGCCAUCCAGCGUGGAUGGGGAAACCUGUAUCUAUGUAUGUAUGAAUAAAUAAAUUAUUGUUAUUAUUCCUCCUCCUCACAUUUCAGCCUCUCUGCAUUUGUUUUGUGUCUAUCCCCACCUGCCUUUUAAAAAAAAAUAAAAAUAGAAUGAUUCAUGUUUGGGAAUGGCUUUUUAAACACAUUAUAGCCUCUCCUUCCUUGUGCAGUAUAGUGAGUAAAAUGUAUCUGUUUCACCCACUGAGAUUUCCUUGACAUCUUCCAUCUCUGCUUACCAAUGAAACUGGCAAAGUCGGGGGCAAACUCAAAAUCACCCUUGGCUGAGCUGUUAACUGACUCUAGUGACAGAUCUCAUACCCUCCAACAUUUAUUUGAUGAAAAUAGAGACAUCCUAUUAAACAGCAGCAGCAGCAAUUGUAUUAUUGGUUGCCCCAACCACUCUGGGCUGCUUUCAACAUACAUAAAAAAAAAUUUCACGUUGGCAAAAAGCGGUUGUGAAAAGCUCCAAAAGGAUUUCUCCAAACCAUAGAACCAGCUCCUAGGGGCCGAGGUCCCAUUGACCCCACUAAUAAAAUAUUUGAGGGGGCCGGGAACCCCCAAAGGUGAUGGGCAAUACGAUUAAAAUGGAGUGUGUCUGUGUACUACUUCUUGUGGUCGAUUAUAUGGGGAGGGGCAUACCUGGCCUUCCCCAAUAUUUUAUUCAAGUUGCCACUCCUGCUCCAAACUGAGCGAAUGGGCAUUAAAAUGGCCUAUGAAGAUGUUGAUGAAGAUGUUGACCCAGCUUGUAGCAGCUGUGAGAAAAGGCAAAUGAUGGAGAUGUGUAAUAUUAUGCUCGGAAUGGAGAAAGCGGACAGAGAAAUCAUAGAAUUGUAGAAUUAGAAGGGAGCCUGGAGAUCAUCUAGUCCAACCCCCUACAAGGCAGGAAUAUGCAGCUGUCCCGUACAGGGAUCGAACCUGCAACCUUGGUGUUCUCAGCACCAUGCUCUAACCCACUGAGCAGUCUGUGUUCCUCUCAUAAGACUAGAACCCCAAAGCCAUCCAAUGCAGCUGAAUGUGGGAAGAUUCAGGACAGAAUUCAGGGGAACAGUGGCUGUUGCCAUGAAAAAUUAACAGCACUCUGAUACCAUUAGCGCUGAUUGUGCAAAGGAAUAUCUGAGGAACUCCAAAGGAGAAUAGAAAGUAACUUAUAUGCAUUCAUUUCUGUUUCUCCAGGGUGGUGCUUUCUACUUCCUAGAACACGUUGCAGGUGCUCCUUCCAGCUGGACUCUUUUCUGGCAGCAGAUCUAUGAUCCAAUUUGGAUAUGUCUGUUUGACGGGUGCCACUUGGCCAGAGAAACCUGGAACGACCUGGAAAAAGCUGGCUUCUCAGAGCUGAAGCUGCAACACAUACAUGUCCCUUUAAAAUGGCAACCUAAUAAGCCGCAUAUCAUAGGUUAUGCUGUAAAGUAGCUUGGAAAUAAAUUACUGAACAAAAUCUC